UGUCCAAAAAUUGCUCUCUCUCUCUCUCUCUCUCUCUCUCUGUGUCUGAUUUCUCUCUGAGCUUCCUUCUCUCUCCGUCCGAAAGUGACGUCCUCAAUAGCGGGGUUUUCUACCUCUGCGUUCUUAGUGGUUCCUAUUCUUUCUCUUCUUUCAACUUGUCCGUUUCUCCCUCUCUUCAAAUCUCUCUCUCACAUACAUUCCUCCUUUUCAACCCAUUUCCACUUUCAAACCCCAUCACUCUUCUUCAUCCAAAGCUCUAAACUUCCUCUCUGGGUACCUCAAAUUUCAACGCUUUUCUUCAUUUUCCAAUACAAAUUUUGAUAAACAGAAAAGGGUUGUUGUGGACUUUGUGCUGUAAUCUUUGUGGGGAACUGCAGUGGAUUACGCAGAUCUGCACUUUAUGGCCAUGUGUGAAUUGUCUAUUAGUAUUUUACAAUAACAAAAGCCGAAGUUAGAGAGAGAGAAAAAAAAAAAGCAGUUUUUUUGUUGUUGGGUUUUCCAUUACCUAAAAAAAAACCUGUAUCUUUCUUAUCUUUUUUAUCUUAUUCUCACCUUAAUUGAUGAUUGAAAGUGGUUCAGUACCAUUCAGCAAUCUCAAUCUGAAAAGGGUGUUGAAGUUUUUGGUGGGGUGGUGAAAAGGUUGCAAAGGUAAGAGCCUUGUUGAGGCUGAAGGAGGAGUUGUUGUUGAGGGGAUUGUGAAAGUUUUGAUUUUGUUGGUUAUUCGAAAAGUGGGUUGUGACGGAUCCGUCAAGAGAAGAAACCGUGUGUUCAAGUGGUGUGGAGUGCAUUCUGAGCAUUCUUAGGGCCCUUAAGAUGGGGUCCUGCUUCUCUUUGGAAAGCAGGAGCCCACACCCCACUUCACCCUCUUCAUCUUUCAGAAAGAGUAAGAGUAACUCCAAGAAGAGGCUUGGAUCAAGAGCCUCUUCCUUUGAGUAUUGGAGGAAUGAGCCACUCCACAGGAUCCCUGGUAGGAUCUUCCUCAAUGGCUCCAGCCAAGUUGCCUCCUUGUUUACUCAACAAGGCAAGAAAGGUACCAACCAGGAUGCAAUGGUUGUUUGGGAGAUGAAAGGUGAUGGAUGAUUUUCAUGUUCUGAAAGAUCUUGGUUGUGCUUUACCACAGCAUGAAUAGUGCGAUCUUGAGCGUCAACUUAUCUGAAAAUUUAACUUUUGUUCCAGACAAGAUACAAUUUUCUGUGGAGUUUUUGAUGGCCACGGUCCAUUUGGUCACAUGGUUGCUAAAAGAGUGAGGGAUUCUCUUCCUCUAAAACUGAAUGCCAACUGGGAAGUUAAUGUAUCUGGUGAAGAAGUCCUCAAGGAGAUUAGCAUUAAUACUGCAGGAGGCAUGAAUUCAGAAGAGGCUGCCUUUGCAUCUGCCGAUGAGGAAUCCAGGGUAUCGGUUGAUGCUGAGGAAACUGAAAAACACCCUGAAAUCUUUCUCACACUUAAAGAGACAUUUUUGAAGGCAUUUAAAGUUAUGGAUAGAGAAUUGAAGACACACCAAAGUAUUGAUUGCUUCUGUAGUGGGACAACAGCUGUAACUCUGGUUAAGCAGGGCCGUGAUCUUAUUAUUGGAAAUGUUGGUGACUCUAGAGCUGUGCUGGGUACAAGAGAGAAAGAUAAUAAUCUUGUUGCUGUCCAGUUAACUGUGGAUCUAAAACCCAAUCUUCCAGCCGAAGCAGAGAGAAUUCACAAAUGUAAAGGACGCGUUUUUGCUCUUCAGGAUGAACCUGAAGUGGCUCGUGUCUGGUUGCCAAACAACGAUUCCCCUGGCCUUGCCAUGGCAAGGGCAUUUGGAGAUUUUUGUCUUAAAGAUUUUGGUCUGAUAUCUGUUCCAGAGGUAUCAUACAGACGACUCACAGAGAAAGAUGAAUUUGUUGUCUUGGCAACAGAUGGGAUUUGGGAUGUGCUCUCAAACAAAGAAGUGGUGGACAUUGUGGCGGCUGCCCCAAGGCGUGCCACAGCAGCUCGAGCACUGGUUGAGUCGGCGGUUCGAGCUUGGAGAUUCAAGUAUCCAACUUCCAAAGUAGAUGACUGUGCUGUGGUUUGCCUCUUUCUUGACUCAGACUUACAAAAUGUGUCUAGCGCUUCCCAUGCCAACAAGUCCUCCAUGGAGCAGGCUAGUUCAGCGAUCCAAGUUCACAAUGGCGAUGGAGAUGUUUCUGGACCUACUGUUCUAGAAAGGUCUGGAACAUGCAGGGAAACCAAUGAUGCUUCCCAUGAAGACAACAAUGAGGAAGUGUCCAAGGAAGAGGAAAUAGAUGCUGAGUCAGAAACAGAAUGGUCUGCACUUGAAGGUGUAUCACGUGUGAACACUUUGUUAAAUCUUCCAAGGUUUGUCCCUGACAAAGAAGACAAGGCUGCUGCAAACAUGAGAAAACACAAGUGAAAUGAUUCAAGCAAGGAAUCAUGAGAUAGUGAAAAAAAUGGUCUUUCACUUUAUUUUUGUUUUCUAUCAUUAUUAUAUAGAUACAUGCAUACCCUUUUGUCUUUUGUUCUUUUGCACAAUUUUCUUUUGUGGUUUAUAUAUUCAUGUUCCAACCCAUUGAUGAUUUUUGCUUUUCUUUUGGUCUUAAAUUCGGACUUGAGAGGAUGGCCGGGCUAUUUUAGUGUGUCUGGAAAUCUGUCCUUCCUCUCAUGUGUGCUUGAAAAUUUUGUAAAAUCAAACUCUCUACUUUUUUCAUACC